AAUUCUCGCGGAGUAAUUCGGUGAUGUACUUACGAUAGUAUUCAUUUACAAGAAAGAUGCGGACAUUAUUUGUGGUAGCGUGGAUCAACAGUUUAUUUGUUUUUUAUGUGUAUGGAAGAUCUAAGGAUCCGCUUCCGUGUCGUUCCCCAGGACAAUGGGAGGCACAAGUUUACAUGCAAAACGUUAUGCUGAGAUAUACAGAGUGGCGUAAUCUUAGUUACGAUGCAGUCAACCAGAGGGAGUACCGGUCAGCGGAAGUGGAUGUAGCGGCUGAGCAUGAGCACAUCGAUACACUUAUUCUCUGGAAAGAGAAGAAAAUGUAUGAGGUGAACAAGUUUCUGAAUACGUGUACAAUCACAAACCUGAGCGGAGCUUUUAGACCCCGGGGGGUUCCGGCGUCCAACACUACUUACGAGGAAGGUUACGCAAUUGGAGGUCAGGGGAUUCCCGGAGAGUACAUGACAGUCUAUAAUUUCUACACAGAACUCCCAGACGGUCACCUGACCAGUCUCGUGUCCCAUCCAAGCUGCUUCCCUAUCUGGGACUACCACUAUACGACCGACCAGGGGAUCCAACACACCAUAUACCAGGGAGUGACUGUUGGAAUAACCGAUCCGAGUGUGUUUGAUGUCCCAAAACUGUGCCUCAAAUAGAUAUCUUAACAAACAGCUAGAUGUGUUUACUUUUAACAAAAUUAACGUUUACACGUGAAAUAUACUAUAUUUUCUAUUUUAAUUUGUAAUAAAAUAUAUAAGUUG